GAUAGUUUACAGAGUUACAGGGGGCAUACUUCAAUUAAUAACCCCAAAGAAAGAGAGAAUAGAACCACAGCGGCACAGCGAAAGGGAGAUUAGGAGAUCACUAUAAAAACCCAGGCGAAGAAGAAUUCUCCGGAAAGCCCAAAACCCACUGCUAUAAUCACAAGAAUCAACCGGCCAAAAGAGGGUAAAAGCUCCGUCCGAUUGGAGAGAGAGGAAGAAGAAUGGCGUCGUCGUCGAGCAGCGGACUGACAUUCAAGCUCCACCCGCUAGUAAUACUCAACAUCUCCGACCACUACACUAGGGUCAAGUCUCAGUCCCAGCCCCCUCAAAACGGCGCCGAAUCGACCGCCUCGACUCCGCCCAGGGUCUUCGGUUGCGUCAUCGGCGUUCAGAGGGGACGGACGGUCGAGAUCUUCAACAGCUUCGAGCUCCUCUACUACCCCUCCUCCCACUCCCUCGACCGUUCCUUCCUCGAGAAAAAACAGGAACUCUAUAAGAAAGUAUUUCCGAACUACUAUAUACUGGGAUGGUAUUCGACGGGGAGCGAAGCUGAGGAAUCAGAUAUGCAAAUCCACAAAGCUCUGAUGGACAUUAAUGAAAGCCCCGUUUAUGUCCUUCUCAAUCCGUCCAUCAAUCAUGCACAGAAGGAUCUUCCAGCGACUAUAUAUGAAAGCGAGCUACAUGUCAUAGAUGGGAUUCCACAGCUUAUUUUUGUUCGUUCAAGCUACACGAUUGAGACAGUAGAAGCAGAACGGAUCUCUGUUGACCAUGUAGCCCACCUUAAACCAUCUGACGGAGGUUCUGCUGCAACUCAGUUGGCUGCUCACCUUACGGGCAUACACAGUGCCAUAAAGAUGCUGAACAGUAGAAUCAGAGUGCUUCACCACUACCUUCUUGCUAUGCAGAAAGGUGACAUUCCUUGUGAAAAUUCGUUGCUUAGACAGGUGUCUAGUCUCUUGAGGAGAUUACCGGCUAUUGAAUCAGAGAAAUUUCAAGAUGAUUUCUUGAUGGAAUACAAUGACACGUUAUUGAUUACUUACCUUGCCAUGUUGACCAACUGCUCAAGUUCGAUGAAUGAACUGGUCGACAAAUUCAACACUGCAUAUGAGAAGCAUAGUAGAAGGGGAGGACGAACUGCUUUUUUCUGAGAUGUGCAAUUGUCAAAGCCCACCCUUCAUGCCUGGGAUUGGUUUCUUAGCAGUAGCAGCACUCCCUUUUGAGUGCAUGAGUGCACUGCCAUAGGAAAUUUAGGAAACUGUAUAGCCUUGGACCUUACAAGGCAUGACAAAAUGUGGAGUUGCUUUCUGAAUAGAGUUGCUUAUGUUUUCUUUUUUGUUUGCA